GGUGGAUAGAGUCUGCUGUAAUUAUUUAGGAAAUUGAUGCGUAGAGAAAUUAUUAAAAUUAGGUUUUUAUUAAUCUAUCCAAGGUUUCACGGUGUCGGUCGCGUAUGAGAGGUAUCCUUUACAAUCUAGGCUACGUGUCUUUUCUGUCAGUCGUGUUUCCGCGUAGUGAUAUUCGCCGCGUUUUCUGGAAACAGUACCACCGUUAUAUUGCUGAGUUAAGGCAGAGCAGAAGACCACAUUGAAUUGGAUUACGUGCCGUUAAAGUUGAAAUUUGUUGCAAAUCGAUUUAACAAAUGUUGUUAUUGCUUUCGAAUUCUCGGUGACGAGAAAAUGCCUGUUAACAGGUUGCAAUUUGCGCAACUCACCCUUUUGUUGUUGGCCCUUCCCGCUCAGUACAUAUUGACCGAGUGGUAUGGAAACAGAUCCGACAGCGUAAGAGCCAGGUCUAUUCAAGAGAUCAUACGUUCUUUAAAAGCGACUGCUGCUACAUGCAAAUCAUGGAUAAAAGCUGUUGGAACAUACAUGGCCAGUGGUGGCUCUUUCAGAUUAGAUUUGAAAAAAAUUAAAAAGCAUCAGAAAGCGGCCAAAACUGCGCCUGGAGGGGAAUCAUUUGCAAAAGAAGUUUUCAGGUAUGAAGAUCCAUCUGGAACUGGAUAUUUUUCUAAAUCUAUCACUGUACGAUCUCCACGGCCGAAAGCAUUAAAGUAUAGAGUUGGCCAAGUCAUAAAGCACAAGAAAUAUGGAUAUAGAGGAGUAAUUGUAGGAUGGGAUGAAACCUGUAAAGCACCAAAAACUUGGAUACUUACCAUGCAUGGCAAUAACCCAGCAAUAGUAAAGACACCUCAUUAUUCUAUCUUGGUUGAUAAACGAGAUCGCCAAGAAAUACAAACAACAUAUGUUGCACAAGAAAACAUAGACAUUGUUACAAACAUUGAAGUGCAACAUCCGAGCAUAUGGGACUACUUCGAUUUUUACGAUGGUGCUCAAUACCACAUGAGACCAGCAAUGCAAGAGUUAUACCCUCUUGAUUGAUUUUUGAUUUUCAAAUUGCAUUCGACAAUAAAUAUUAUGAUUGUGCAAUGAGAUCGUCGCCAGUAAUGCAUUGCAACAGAAAUAUGACUCUCACUACUUGUUAAGUUUUAAUCACCGAAGUCUAGUUGGUGAAACACCGUAGGAAUAUUUAUUACAUUGCCCAUCCUUGUAAAAUCACCUUUUACAAACAAAUUCAUAUGUUAAGAAUGAGUGGUUGUGAUAUUGCGUGGUUUUUUUUUUUAAACGCACAAGCAAGCAAGUUAGUGCGACUGGCAAUCUCACCUAAAUAUGCCUAAAAAUAUUUUACUUAAUGUCAAGUUACACACAUCAUGCUUUGUACUGAUAUUUUUUCUAAUAUUUCACUUUUGCAUUAUCUAAGCGCUUCCAAACAUGUCUGCUGUGUAAAAUCAUAGAUUUAAUAAAAAUUACGUUCGACUUUGCAUGUAUUGAAAACCCAUA